ACUGCGUAAAAUAGUCAAAUAUUCACAAAAUAUCCAGAAUUUAUAUAUAAUUAAGAUUUUACAAUUUUUUUAUCCAUUGGGUGCUGGUAACCAUGAUUACUGUUAGAAGUAUUGAUCUCAUGCCUGGCUUUGACAUGCGCCGUCUGUGAUCUCGGCCUACGCUCGGGCUAAAUCUCAGCUAAAGAGAGAGAUGUUUGUUUAAUGGUGGACCAAAUUUUCUCUAUAUUCUGAAAACAUUUAUGUCAGUUCCUACGUAAACAUAAUGUGAGGACCUUUCUUCUUCCUCGGAGACUUUUAGUGGCGUCAUGUCCAAGGAGAAAACGGGUCUAUGUCAAGACAGCCCUAUCUCCCCAAAAUACGCCGAGGAAAAACAUGAUACCGUCUCCACACCCAAAGAAAAGAAAGGAAAAGCGUUUUUCAGUGACGAUGUUCUGGGAGAGAAAAAGAGAAGCUGUCCUUACUAUUUCGGAGUGAAGUCGUACCUCCAUAACUUCUACGACUCGGCGACGUACAAGGACCCAAGCAUUUACGAGGAAGACGAUGACAACCGUUAUCUUCUGAAUCCGCAUGCGCGACGCCGACGUUGUCGUCCAAUAUGGUUAAAAGUCUGUAUAUGGAUUGGCGUUAAUCUUCUGGUGUUAGGGGUUCUUGCAAUUUUGGCGGGAUAUUUCAUUCCGACUAAACCCAUUAUCAGGAAAGGAGAGAGUGGGGAUAAUGUGGGUUACGUGGAUGAAGAUGCCGUGAAAUUUAACACUACCCUGGAUUUGCUUAAGCUUGCAGGUCUGGUCUUGUUCUGUGUUGGGGGUAUUCUUCUAGCUGUGGCUCUGAUGUUCCCCACUUUUAUGUCCAAUAUGUGUUCCGAUGAGAUCGGCGAAGAGGCAAUCAGAAUCCAAAUGGGAGAGGAAAAGCCGCCAUUAAGUCCCAUUGAGAUGACCAUUCCUGCUACCUCUAAAGUCAAAAGUGUUCAACCGCCUGGAAGUUCUAAACAGAAAAUUCACUUUAAGGAAGAUUCGGUGAAUUUUAGAGAUUGAUCAAUAAGUGUGUUCCAUGAAUUCCCAUUGGUUGUCAAAAUUAUAUCUCAGAGGGGAGCAUUAAGAGAUAAUUACAGACAAAGAUCAGCGUAUUGUGUAUAUGUUCCAAGAAAUGCAAAGCAUACUUACUCGAUGAAUUAAACAUUGCAGUAAGAAUUAAAA